UAACUAGACCUGGGCUGGGAGCGAAGAAGAAGGGCCGCCGGAGUUCGUUCGGAAGGAAAGUGGGAUGGUGAGGAGCAGUCGGCGCUGUUGAGAGCUGAGAGUAGUCGAGGCACAGCGCAGCCAGUUGGUCGUCCGGUGUGCUCGGUGCAGGCAGGACACAAACAAACGUCAGACCCGCAGUCAGUCAGUCAAAGAGUCAUUUUCAGUUUGAGAGGCACACCGGCUGCUGCACUUCAGCAAAGAUGACGUACCUCGACCUGACGGUGCCCAACUACUCGUACGUGUUCAACUUUGAGGAGGAGUUCGUGCACCAGGACACGCGCGUGUGGAUGAUUGAGAACUGGAAGAAUGGCUUCUACUACGUCGGCAUCUACAUGAUCCUCAUUUUCGGCGGGCAGCACUACAUGCAGAGUCGGCCGCGCUUCCAGCUCAGGGGUGUGCUCGUCAUGUGGAACACCGCCCUGGCCUGCUUCAGCAUCCUCGGCGCCUGCCGCACCCUGCCCGAACUUCUGCACACCCUCAAAAACCACGGCGUCUACCACUCGGUCUGCAUCCCUAGCUACAUCCUGUACGACAAGGUGAGCGGUUUCUGGACGUGGAUGUUCGUGCUGUCAAAACUUCCAGAACUGGGCGACACAGUGUUUAUCGUUUUACGCAAGCAGCCGCUCAUCUUCCUGCACUGGUACCACCACAUCACGGUGCUGCUGUACAGCUGGUUCUCGUACGCCGAGUACACGUCUUCGGCACGCUGGUACGUGGUCAUGAACUACCUGGUGCACUCGGUCAUGUACACGUACUACGCCCUGCGCGCCAUGGGCUACCGACCGCCCAAGCAAUUCGCCAUGUUCAUUACGGCGUCGCAGUUGUCGCAGAUGGUCGUCGGCUGCCUGGUCAACUACUGGGCGUACCAGUACCUGCAGAACGGCGACGAGUGUCACAUCAGCCUGACCAACAUAAAGCUCUCGUUCACCAUGUACCUGAGCUACGCGGUGCUGUUUGCCAGAUUCUUCCACAAGUCGUACCUUUCGGAACGCAAGGGCAACGCCCCUCCUCCGGCGCGUGUCCACUCGGCCCCGGCCGCGACCAAGUACGACAAGACGACCAACGGCCACCAGUACGGCCUGCUCACCGGCCAGCAGCGCACCAAGGUGGAGUGAAGGACGCCCGUGACCGCUCAUCCCGACCCUUCUCCUCAAGGCCGAAUUGCAUUUCUCACUCUGGGAGCCACUCGGAUGGACUAACGACAGGCAGGAAACACAAAACCAACUAACAUUUCCAAAUCUCUGAGAAUUUCAAUGCAAAAAGUCUUUGAAGAAUUUUUUUUUCAAAAGUCUACAAACUCUUGUCUGAGUUUAGAUUUUUUUUAAAUUUCGUUUAACAUUACGUCUUUGGUUCAACGAGUGGCCCCCUGACUGACGCAUCCAAAAGUUUGGGCACAAAGCCAUCAUGUAUUUUGUCUUGAAGAUCUUUUGUGCGAACAUUCCCUCAAAUAUGACAAUUAUUAUUGUUGAUUAAUUCGCCAUCAUUACCUUUUAAAAUGGCUUUCUCUGCGGAAACUACAAGAAUUUUGCAUAACCACCGCCGUCAAAAACAAUCACUCCCUCCGCCUGAUUCUGAUUCGAUUCCCGCCUCGGCGCAGUCAAAAUUUGCGUUUGUUCGGAUGCUGCACAAACGAAAUGACCCCGUUCUCGCCGCGCGUGCUAGAGAGAGCCUCCGCGAUAUUUGCAUAUUCGGCCCCUCGGAGGGACUGUUCGGCCCAGCCAUCUUCCGUUUGACUCCCUUCCCAGCCUCCUCCCUUCCAGAGUCGGGCUUGCGUAACAAAAAGUCGUCAUUUAUUUGUUUUUGUUUGUCUGCGUGAGUGAAUGAGAGUGUUCUUAAUUUAAAACAAGCGUAUAGAGAUUAGACGUAUGUGUAACUUAACGAGAGAGAGCGAGGGGUAAUUUUUCGGCCUUGUCGACUAUUUCUGGUUCCUUUCAGCACCGAUAAAAAUGAAAAGUUGUUUGGAAGGAAAAGCACAAAAACCGGUGGUUCGAUCGAUUUUUGUUUUUAGUUUUUAUGUUGAUAACAAAAAACCUCAAUUUGCAUUCCAAAUCGAGACAAAGUUAAAAAUUUAAAGGGGGAUUUGCUGUCCGUAGAGUAUACUUUUGAGACUGUGAUGAUUUUGAGGCGCGACGAUUGACAUUUACGAGCUGGCUCCGAAACUAAACUGUAGUAUAAAAGCUCAGGCGAUAAACUGAAGUGUGCGAAAUGUGCGCUCGCGGGAGCCGCUGGUGGUUUCCGCAAUUUCUUUUUCUUUCGUGUAAUUUUUCGUUGUUGCCUUUCUUUGCAUUGAAUUAAGCGCAGAUAAUUCGAGUUGAAAUUUAAAAUUUAAGAAAGUAAAAAAAAAGCAUUGAGGCACACUCACUUUGAGAGAGCGUGGGAGUUCUUCAGAGCAGCAUUUACUACAACGCAUCAUUCAGAUUGACCUUUGACUUGCUGGUCAACAUCCGUAGUCCUGCUAGAUACGCGCGCUUUAGACAGUUCGUAGCUUAGGAUCCGUGCAUGUGUACUUUACCGAAAAGUACUUGAAUUAAUUAUUAAUAAAUUAAUUAAUGAAAAUCUAAUCGCUACUCGACAGCCUUUUAAUUUAACUAAGUGCGACUCUGUGUAUAUGCUAUGCAUACAGCGAUUGGUCUGCUUUGAUUGGAAUUUGUGGAGAGAAAAAAUCAGUUUGUAAACUCGCUACGUCGAUUAAGGACUCCAGUCCCUUUUGUUGUCAGCUUCUGUGAUUAGUUUUCUCGUCGAUUCGUUGACUCGAUCGACGCAUUUUGUCUUUUCUUGCAGUUUUGUUGAAAGUUGAACGUUUGGGGUGGAUGGAAAAAGAGGCUUUUCGGGCCCAAGCACACUUUUUAAUGUCAAAGUUCAACCCAACGGUGUCAGGAUCAGAGAGACGUUAUGUUAUCAUUCAGUCCUUUUUUCCAUCCAGCCUGUCUUUUAAUUCCGAUAUUCUUCAGUUGACGACGAGAAACCAGCAGGCAUUUUUGAGACUUACACUUUUCUCAAUUUGCAUUUUAGCGUUUAAGGAACUUCUAUACUGUUAUUGUGUAACACGAAAUCGAGCACUAUCCGGUCGUCGUAUGUAACCACAUUAUAAAAUGUAAUUCCUGUCUGUACAUAAGUGAAUGAGGUAAAAAAUAAAUCACGGCUGCCAAAUUAUACCAUGCUUCACCAAGAAAAUAAAGAAAGUUUGAAAAUUGAUCUUGAAA